CAGGCCCUGUGGGCACACCUCAGGUGAGGCUGCAGUGGAGCACUCGGUUCUGUAGCUGCUGAUUUCACCUUGGGGAUUUCACUGUGUCUCAUUCCAGCCUUGAGGCUUUUAAUGAUGUAGCCUUGCUGGAGAGGUGGAGGAAAGGUAGGACACACCAUGGGUUUUAGGAGGAAAGGUAGGACACACCAUGGGUUUUAGGAGGAAAGGUAGGACACACCAUGGGUUUUAGGAGGAAAGGUAGGACACACCAUGGGUUUUAGGAGGAAAGGUAGGACACACCAUGGGUUUUAGGAGGAAAGGUAGGACACACCAUGGGUUUUAAGGGCACAAGGAUCCUGACCUAGACAGUGUUGUACCAUCAAUAUGUUUCAAAAGUUGUGAGAUGUUGGUGCAGUGCCUUGCGUGCAGGUUGCCAUCAUCUCCCAGCACAAUUUCAUAUACUACAGAGGUUUCAUUCUCUGGGGAAAUCCAGAAAAACUCCCUCGUGUGUGCAAGGGAACACCUCAAAUACUCAGGAACCACCCUGAAUCAGAAUCACAGAAUGGUUUCGGUUGGAAGGGACUUUAGGAUCACCUAGUUCCAACCACCUGCCAUGGGAAUCUUUGGAUGGUAUUUAGGAUUUCCAGAAAGAAGAAGUCACCACAAAAUUACAUUUUGUGCUGUGUUACUUUCAGAUCAUACUGUACACAGACCAACAUGUUAACAUGGCAAAGGGGUAGUUGAGAUAACUGGUUUAAAUCUUUUGCUGACAGAAUUAAGACUGAGUUCCUACAUCUGCUGCACUGGUGUAAAUUCAGAGUAAUUCAAUUAAGUGAAUACAGAGCUCCAAUAUUGUACAUUUGCAACUGUGUCUGAUACAUGCCUUCCAAUUAGCACAGCACAGAUCAUGGGCUUUGAAUCACUUUCUGUUUGAACACAAACUUGAUUUGAAAAGUCUGCCAACAGAAUUUAUCCAUUAUUCUUAAUAAUUUUUACUUAAUUUCAGUUGACUUAGGUACUGAGAAUACAUACAUGUAUCACACAGAGUGUAUCAGUUGUUCUUCCCUAACUCUGGCCAUUUACAAAUUAUUCCAGAGCUUUUAUUUUUACAGUCUCAUUCUUUUAGCUCAUGGUAAUAUCAGUAUAUUUUUACAGGUGAUGGAUUGGGAGUGAUGGCUUCCAGGGAGGUUAAAAUCACAUGCUAAUCUAAUUGAACAUAGUCCCAUGCACAGUAAUUUGGUUCAGACAAGUGAAAGAGGAAGAAAAUAAAUGCCCUUUGCAAUUGCUGUUUUCCUUUACCUGCAUGGGUACGCUGGGAAAAGAGGAAGCAGCUGUAGCCUCCAGUAUAGAACCCCUGAGUGGCUAAAAAAGAAACUAAAUUCUUAUUCAAAAGUCCUUAGUGAAACACCCAAAGAAACAGCUUGGCUCUGUCUCCUACUCUGAAGCGACACUUUGCUGACACAAGUCCAUCUGGAGUUCAUACUCAGCAUCAUUUAACAUAUGGGCUUUUUCCCCCCAGGUCAGAAAUGAACAAUGAGUGAAAAAUGUCUCAUUUUCACAACAGAGCAUCGAGAGCAUGUUGCAGAGUACAGAAUUGGACAGCUGUACAUGAUCAGCAAGCACAGCCAUGAGCAGAGUGACCGAGGGGAGGGUGUGGAAGUGGUGCAGAACGAGCCCUAUGAAGAUCCCAACCAUGGCAAUGGUCAGCUAACAGAAAAACGAGUCUAUCUCAACAGCAAACUGCCUAGCUGGGCUAGAGCAGUUGUUCCCAAAAUAUUUUACGUUACAGAGAAGGCCUGGAAUUAUUAUCCUUACACAAUCACAGAAUACACAUGUUCGUUUUUGCCUAAAUUCUCCAUUCAUAUAGAGACAAAAUACGAGGACAACAAAGGGAGCAACGACAGUAUUUUUGACAAAGAAGCUAAAGACCUGGAGCGAGAAGUCUGCUUUAUUGAUAUUGCCAGCGAUGAGAUUCCCGAGCGCUAUUACAAGGAAUCAGAGGAUCCCAAAUACUUCAAGUCACAGAAAACUGGGAGAGGCCAACUGAAAGAAGGCUGGAGAGAGACCCAUCAGCCAAUCAUGUGUUCCUACAAACUUGUGACUGUGAAAUUUGAAGUCUGGGGACUUCAAACCAGAGUAGAGCAAUUUGUACACAAGGUGGUCAGAGACAUCCUCCUGAUCGGUCACCGGCAGGCCUUUGCCUGGGUGGAUGAGUGGUAUGAUAUGACUAUGGAUGAUGUUCGAGAAUACGAGAAAAAUAUGCAUGAAAAAACCAACAUUAAAGUUUGCAACCAACAUUCAUCUACUGUGGAUGAAAUAGAGAGCCAUGCCAAAGCAAGAACAUGACAAUGGAUGAAGUCCGGGAGUUUGAACGAGCCACUCAGGAAGCUACCAACAAGAAGAUUGGGAUUUUCCCACCGGCAAUAUCUAUCUCUAGCAUUUCCAUGCCUUCCUCAACCCGCAGUGCUCCAUCUAGUGCUCCAUCAACCCCUCUCUCCACAGAUGCUCCUGAUUUCCUAACAGUUCCCAAAGAUCGGCCUCGGAAAAAGUCUGCUCCAGAAACUCUCACUCUUCCAGACCCAUCAAAAAAAACCUUUUAAAUUAGCCCUGCAUGUUUCCUCCUGAUAAGCCAUGUCUGCCACAGCAAGAGUGACAUAACUCAAUUGCUACCAAGGUCGUGGUGGUUUGUUGGUUGGUUUUUUUGUUUGUUUCAGAUAAUCUUUCCGGUGUGGAAAGAUGACUCCUUUCCUCAGACUUGAUCCUUAAAACCUUCUGAAAAGUGCAUGCAAGAGAAAGUAGUUUAUAUAUUCCUAAAGUAGUGUUUCAAGCCAUAUGGUGCAUCUUACUGACACCAAUGGAACAGUCUGAGGGAUGCUAUAAACGAAAACCAAUCUUUCAGCAGCAGUAUUCUGCCUGCAAACCCUCAUCUAGGUCACAGCAUUUAUAAUUAGGAGUAGGUAUUAAGUAAAUCUGCCAAGGACUUCUGAGGCAAAGUAGUGCCAACUAGAAUGCAGGGUUAGCAGAAAAAAAAAACCUUUCAUUUUCUUCUUUUAUAACCAAUUUUAAAAUCUUUCCCACUCUCAGGCUUCUCCUGUGUGUUCAUAAACCUUUGACCUGUAACUCAUUGUACUUGAACACCAACAGAUCCACAUUUUGCUUAAUAUGACUCAGGAUUUGGGGCCUAAAACACAAAACACAAAUAUUUUCAAACCUAAAAUAUCACUGUAUCAAAGCCCCAGUUGUAAUUAAUUUUACUGACUUUGAGGCCAUUGAACUAUUUCUACCUUGCACAGAAUUUGUAACAGGAACCACCUAUUUCUUGUAGAUAAUGUAUUUUACUAGCUCUCCCCUGUCCUUUGUGAGCUCAGAGUGUUGGUGUUCAUCAGUGGUGUUCUGUGACAUUGGAAAAGCAGCUGAAUUGUGCCAGUUGGGAAACAAAAGCAAUGAAUUCUGUCUUUUCCUCGCUGGAAGAAGAGCAGUAGUCAGGCUGGGAGACCUUGAAUGCAAAGGGAAGAAAACAGGAGACUCCUUUUUCUUUCCUGCCUCGCAUCUCUGCUAAACAGAACAAUCUGACAGGGAGCUGGGUCCAGGCUCUGCCUCCUUUGGGGAAGGGGGACAAAAUCAGUCACUUGAAAAAGCAAACCAGUCAUGGGUGCUGUUGGGGAACCAGAAGUGGUCUUCCUGGUGUGUGUGUGUGUGUGUGUGAAAUCACUCCUCAAUCUCAGGAAUUCAAUUGCUGACAAGGAUGUUUCCCAGAGGGAAGUGUAGAUGGUGGAAGAAGGAGAAAAAUAAAUGGCAGGAGUGGUCUCUUCCUUCCUUCCUCUUCUGAGCAUGCACUGGGUGAGACCCUUUCCUCACUGCCCCUCUGUGGGACACUUUGCUCUCCUCCACACAAGCUGCUGCUCGAUGGCUGCUGCAGCUCCUUCUCUUGGUGACACCAGUGAGCCACUGUUCAGUUCCCAGGGAAUGGCAGCUCCUGCCUGAAUCAUGAUCCCAGUGGGUGAUACUUUGUGCCACCACUGACACUUCAUGGAUGGAGGAAAAAAAGACUUCUCCAGAGCUGAGCUGUCCCUGAGUAUUGAACACUCGCUUUGGGGCUGCCCAAACCUGGGGCACAGUGGCUGAAAUGCCCUGAGCUCCUCGCUGGCUGCAGCACAAGUUUUGUGGAACGAGUGGUAUUUAGGGGGAGGUUUUAGGAGCAGAAGUAAUUCCACUGCCAACCUGCACUGAAACAAGUGUUCAUUUGUCAGAUAGUGAAAAUCCUGCAGCCAGCAAAAUCCAGGAGCUCUCUGCAGGCUUGCUGUGGUCUGAAUUCCUGCCUUCUCCUGUGUCCUGUCCAUGCUUGGCUUUGCUUUUCUUCACAGAGCUGGUAAUUCUGACUCGUUGGUGACCUGAUGGGUGAUGCUGUUUUGUUUAAAAAGAAGCUGCUGUAAUACUGAAAACAAAACUUUUCUACAUUGGCUUAUGAUUUCAGCUUAACAAGGGUGCACAUUAUGGAGUCGUAGGAUGAUGUGUAAUUUUUUAUUUUUUAUUGUUACUAUGGAUUUAGUAUCAGCAUUGGAACACUGGCAGCAAAGGGAAACCUUUAAAAACAUAAAACAUUGUUUGGUUCUUUUCUCAUUGCCUGACUUUGGCCCAUACAGAAAUAGUUCAGGUCUGCUGCACCUGAAAGUCUGUUUCAAUGGAUUUUUAAUUUGUCCAAUACAAAUUUGCUCAGCUCUGUUCAGUGUCCUGGUGCUCACACGUGACUGUUUCUACUCACGUUUUGCAAUCUGGCUUUGACACAGAUUAUGGGACCACAGCAGUUCCAUCUUUACUCGGAUUUAACUGAUGGAUUUCCAAUACAUUGAUCAUGGUAUUAAGUAGGUUUGGGGACUAGUAAUUUGUGCAAUUCAUUAAACAGGACAGAUUUGAGUAUGUGCCUGGUGGAGAUGUAAGAGAGAGACAGAUCCUGGAGUGGCAGUGGCAGGACUGUCCCUGCUGUGCCCAGCCUUAGUGUCCCCACACUGGCAGGGUCAGGAGCAGCCACUCUGCCUGUGCUGCUGCCCAGCCAAGGCAAAUCAAAAGAUCUGCAAUGUGUCCCUGCUUUGGAUAAGAACACCCCAGGUUUUCACUGAUUGUGGAAGUGCCUAGUGCUGAGCUCUGCCUUGCUCUCCCCAGCAGUCAUCACCCAUCUGCUCAAUGACAGGAUCUCGAAAUGCCUUUCUCUGUUUGGUUGGCUGCUAUUUAGGGUAAGAUAGCUUUUUCUAGAAUAUUCCCAGCAGGCACACAUGAAAUGAAAUGAAAGGAAAUGAGAAGGAAGGUCUGAGUAUUUCAGUGUAACACCUUGAGGAGAAGGGGUUGUUUUCAGUGCUGAUUUUUCCCUUUCUCUUGUGUUUUCAGACACGUUUAUUAGGAUUAAAAUAGAGAGUUUUGCAGGUGUUCCUCACUUUGUUUGCAAAAAUAAACGCUGUGAUUAUUUACUGGGUGCAGCCUCAAAGCCUGGUGAACACAGCCUGUGUUCCUCUUCUCUGCCACAGUGACAAGAACCCCGUGAUGCAGCUCUGCUAGGACUUGGCAAGGAAUCUUUUAUCAAGGAGAAUACAGUUCAGAGCAAAAACUGGGAUGAGUUUGUUCAGGUUUCUAUGAAAACCUCCAGGCUUUGCUUGUACUUUUGUGUAUUUUGGACAGAACAAUCAUUACAAAACAACUGGCAAUUCAGUGCAGCUUCAGAAGGGUCGAUCUCCUAAAAAAUCAAAAAGGGAGGGACCCACAAAAGUUGCUCCUGAAACAUGUACUUAAUGGGAUUUCUUAUGAAUGUAAUGGUUAACUUUGUAAAGGACUGGAUAAAUACUAUGGAAAGAAACUAUUUGACCUUGUUCUUUGGCUUUUUUGAUUAUUCUGGAAGGUGAUUUUGUGACAUCUAGUAGCCAAUUUGCAUUAAUUGCUGCUGUAGAGACUUUGAAACUGAAAUAUUUGUUCCUUGAAUUUCAGUUUGUAACAAGACCGCUAUACUUUGCUAAAACUGCUUUGAAGCUUGCUGCACUAGAACUUCAAAACAAUGUGUUAUCCUUUGAAAUAAGCCAAAUGUAUAUGCUUUUUAUGAAUUAGUGAGUGCAGUAAGAGAGAAUUCAAAAUCUUGUCAAUAGGAGAUUUUCUGUUGCCAUUGUUUGGACUUGGUUUUCUAUGUGUAAGUUAAAAUUGCUAAAUAAGUCUAACAAUGUUUUGCUUUAAAUGAACAGCAUGGUCAUUGAAUUAUGAUCUCCUGUAGUUUUGUGGUGUCACUAAAGCAGGUUUUACUGGUUUAUUUCAUUUCUGUGAUAAUUCCACGUGAUUCUGUUUCGUCCAGUAAUUAAUUUCUUUUUAUUUAGAGCACUGAUGGCAACAUCAGGCAAUGCAUCACCACUGUCAAAGAAGGACCAAGUCUUGAUUUGCUCUGCACGUUCAAUAGUGCAAGGCUCAGCAGGAGAAUUUGACUGUCAUUUUUCUCAUAUCACUUAGUUUCUGGUUUUUUUUCCAAGUUAUUUAUUAUUUUUAAUAUUGUAUUUUUCGUUGCAUUUUGUUGUAAAUAAACUACCAACAACUAUUCUUUACAA